CUUCCGAACCUCGCUCUAUGGGUGGGGCUUCGCUUUUUCACUGCACCUUGCUCCUUAGACUUGGCUCUAUGGGCGGGACUACGCCAGGUGGGUGGGAACUAACUCUAUGGGCGGGACUUCCGCCUAUGGACGGGGCUGCGUUCGGUGGGCGGAGCUACGGCUCGUGAGCGGAAUCCUGACUGGUUCAUCCUCCCCGGAACUUCCUAGACGCCGUACGUGCCAGAUGGUGUUACCUGGACCUUAAAAAGCUGCACGCAAGUGUUAAAUUUCUGACAAUGGCCAAGAACAAAUUAAGAGGGCCGAAGUCCAGGAAUGUAUUUCACAUAGCCAGCCAAAAAAACUUUAAGGCUAAAAACAAAGCAAAACCAGUUACCACUAAUCUUAAGAAGAUAAACAUUAUGAAUGAGGAAAAAGUUAACAGAGUAAAUAAAGCUUUUGUAAAUGUACAAAAGGAACUUGCACAUUUCGCAAAAAGCAUUUCACUUGAACCUCUGCAGAAAGAACUGAUUCCUCAGCAGCGUCAUGAAAGCAAACCAGUUAAUGUUGAUGAAGCUACAAGAUUAAUGGCUCUGUUGUAAUAUACUGGUGAUGCAUCUAAUUCUCCACAAAGACCAAUAAAUUGAAUGUUUUAUACAA